AGGUGCGCUUGGCGAUAGCCGAAAAGGCCCUGAAGUGCGAAGAGCACGAUGUGAACCUGCCGCUGAGCGAGCACAACGAACCGUGGUUCAUGCGCUUAAAUUCCUCUGGAGAAGUACCUGUCCUGAUCCAUGGGGAAAACAUCAUUUGCGAGGCGACGCAGAUUAUCGAUUAUCUUGAAGCAACGUUUGUAGAUGAGGAAGUACCAAGAUUAAUGCCAGAAGAAGGAAGCAUGUAUUAUCCAAGGGUGCAACACUAUAGAGAGCUUUUAGACUCCUUGCCUAUGGAUGCCUACACUCAUGGCUGCAUCCUGCACCCCGAGUUAACUGUGGACUCCAUGAUUCCAGCCUAUGCUACCAGCAGAAUUCGUAGCCAAAUAAGUAACACGGAAUCAGAGCUGAAGAAACUUGCGGAAGAAAAUCCAGACCUUCAGGAUGCCUAUAUAGCAAAACAGAAGCGCCUUAAAUCUAAACUGCUGGAUCAUGAUAAUAUAAAAUACCUAAAGAAAAUACUGGAUGAACUGGAAAAAGUUUUGGAUCAGGUUGAGACUGAAUUGCAGCGGCGAAAUGAGGAAACACCAGAAGAUGAAAAUCAGCCUUGGCUCUGUGGUGAUUUCUUCAGUCUGGCAGAUGUAUCACUUGCCGUCACAUUACAUCGCCUGAAGUUUCUGGGAUUAGCGAGAAGAAACUGGGGAAACGGAAAGCGGCCCAACUUGGAAGCCUAUUAUGAGCGUGUCCUGAAGAGAAAAGCCUUUUACAAAGUUUUAGGACACGUCAACAAUAUAUUGAUCUCGGCCGUUCUGCCAACGGCGUUCCGUGUGGCCAAGAAAAGGGCGCCCAGGGUUCUCGGCACCACCCUGCUGGUCAGCGUGCUGGCGGGAGUGGGUUAUCUUGCUUUCAUGUGUCUUCGGAAGAGGUUUGCCAACGUGAUGCUGUCCAUUAGAACCAGGCAAAAUUAUUUUUAGACCCGUCUGUCCCUGAUGGUGAGUGGAAGGCAUCAGGAAAAUAUCCCCAGUAAAACGUAAAAGUAGAAGAAGGGUUAUGUCUGUGACUUAGAACGUUGUCACACAGUAAUUGUCUCCUGCUGUUGUAUAAUUGGAUUGGUAAUGACGAGAUAUUUGUGGAAAAUACAUGUUGGGGGAACAACAACAGAAAGAAGAGACUUUCUUUUCAGAUAAGGACCUGUAAGAGCUGUGACAGUGCUUUGUUAAAGUGGUUAUUGUCUCCUUUACCCAGUAGCUGACCUCAUUAUAAUGCUUUUAUUUAAUAGAUAUGCAGCAAUGUGGCAGCUUUUCACUGUGGGUGAAAUGAGUUACUGUGCAGAAACCAGCAUGGUUGAAGUACUGAAAAUAACACUUACUUUAAA